AUGUCAGGAGCCGGUAAUCGUGAACAGGUGUUUCCCACACGUAUGACGUUGGGAACUAUGAAGAGUAAAUUGAAAGGAGCCCAACAAGGUCACUCCUUGUUGAAGAGAAAAUCUGAAGCAUUGACCAAGAGAUUCAGAGAUAUAACACAACGAAUCGACAACGCAAAGACAAAAAUGGGUAGAGUUAUGCAAACAGCAGCCUUUUCCUUAGCAGAAGUUUCGUAUGCCACCGGUGACAAUAUCGGGUAUCAAGUACAAGAAUCAGUUAAUAAAGCAAGAUUCCAAGUUAAAGCCAAACAAGAAAACGUUUCCGGUGUAUACUUGCCUACAUUUGAAAGUUCUAUAAAUGAAGAGAUAAACGAUUUCCAAUUGACUGGGUUGGGUAGAGGCGGUCAACAAGUACAGAAGGCAAAGCAGGUUUACACCAAAGCUGUUGAAACGUUGGUUGAAUUGGCAUCAUUGCAAACGGCAUUCAUCAUCUUGGAUGAGGUCAUCAAGGUUACAAACAGAAGAGUUAAUGCAAUUGAACAUGUCAUUAUUCCCAGAACGGAAAAUACCAUCGCAUAUAUCAAUUCCGAAUUGGAUGAGUUGGAUAGAGAAGAGUUUUAUAGAUUGAAGAAGGUUCAGGAGAAGAAACAGGAAGCAGCUGCAGUCGCUGAAGCCGAAGAUAAAGUGGAGUUAGCCAAAGCUGAGGGUACAACCGAUGAAGUAGGUGUGCAAAGAGACGUUGAAGAAUUUGAUGUUAGAGCUGAUGCCAAGGGUAAUGUAUUGACAGAGACUGAAGACGAUGUUAUAUUUUAG